AUGGUCCAGACAAUGAGCUGGCGUGCCCUGGUGGCUACCAUUCUGACCAUCACCCCUACACCAACCUUUUCUGCUCCCUUUGAUACCCGGCAAAUCGACAUACUCUAUGCUGGAGGCUGUCCCUUACCUAGUGUGUGCAGUUGGGGAACUUGCAACACAGCCACUAUCGAACUUGACCCAAAGAAUUGCGGAAAGAGUGGUAACGCAUGUAGCUCUGGUGAGCUUUGCGUUGCCGGAGGAUGUGUCCCCCUCGAUCUUACACCAAACCCCCAAGACUGCACAGACUGUCAGCCUGGUCAAUGGUGUGAUGAUGGUCAAUGCACUUCCAUAGAAGUGACUGCCAACUCUCGCCGUUGCGGAAGCCAGAAUACAAAUUGCGAGGCAGGCUACCUUUGCGUCAAUGACAAAUGUCAAAGGAUCGAUAUCGGCUCAGACCCGACAUCGUGCGGAGCUUCCAAUCAGGCCUGCAGUGCAGGUAGCUGGUGUCUUGAUGGUACCUGUGUCCCCUUUCAAUUAGGAACCAAGGUGCAGUCCUGUGAAAGGACCAGCGAAUGCCCCUUUGGUGCUUCAUGUACUGGCGGCUUUUGUCGUCAACUGUCCAUCUCCUCCGACCCAUUCAACUGUGGCGAUGCGAAGAAGAACUGUACCGCCGGUCAACUGUGUGUUUCCGGACAAUGUCAAUCCUUGAACAUCACUGAAGAGGCUGAGACUGAGAGUUGCGGCACUUCCGGAGAGGCUUGUUCACCUGGAUCCUACUGUUCAAAGGAUACAUGUUUACCCAUCACCAUCUCAACCGACCUUUCCCAAUGUGGUGACAACUCAUCGCCAUGCAAGAGUGGCGAGGUGUGUAUCUCUGGUCAAUGCAUCAGCAAUCUGUUUGAACGAACAAAUGCUGAAAGUGUAGCCUGCGGCUCUGGGUCUGGAGGACCUGGUGGACGCCUCCCUGGAGGAGCCCAGAAUGGAGGCGAUGGCUCUUCGUCAGCGAACGGAGGAGGCAAUGGAGACGCUUCAACUGGCAACAACUCGAAUGGCAGCGGCGCUGGAUCAGGCGCCCAAGGCGACGGAUCUUCUCAAACUUCAGGUGAUGAUGGAGCCUCUUCAAGUGGAGACGGCUCAUCCUCUGGUAGCGGAGGCUCCGGAGAUGCCAGUAGACAGUCAGGCCAGAAUAGCGAGGGUGUUUCAGCUGAUGGAACCGCUACUGGUGACGGAAGCUCUUCAGGCAGUGGUGCAGGUUCAGAUGCAGCCUCAGGAGCUUCUACUUCUACCUGCACCCCAGCAUGUGCCGGUAACACUGUCUGUGUUAGUGGGCAGUGCUCUACAGUCCAGGACGCCUCUUCCUGUGGUACUCCAACUAGCCGUCUACUCCGCUUACUGCGUCGACAAGAGACAGGCUGCCAGCCCGGUUUUGCUUGUAUUAACAGCCAGUGCGUCUUGGUUGCAGGAGCAGUGAACUGUGGUGCAUCGGGAACAAACUGCCCACUCAACUAUGCUUGUAUCCAGGACUCUUGUGUACCCCUGGGUGAUUCAUCUGCUUGUAGUGGUGAUGUCUGCAGCAGUGGCGAGGUCUGCCUGGGCAACAUCUGCACACUAAAUGUCGCCUUGGCUAGUUGCAACAACAUCGCUUGUGGUACUGGAGAGACUUGCCAAAACGGAGCUUGUGUCCCCAUCGGUAACUCUGGUGCUGGUGCAGCGUCUGGCGGUACCGCUAACCCCCAGGGUGGUGCUUCUGGCAAUGGUGCCGCUGGUACCAAUGGUGAUUCGACUUCAUCAGGUGAUGGCACUGGUAGCGAUGCUGGUGCUGGUCAGGGUAACGGCGGAUCAACAAAUGGAGAGUCUCAGAGUGGAAGUACGCAAGGUCAAGGCUCGGGGGCAGAUGCCUCGGGCUCUGGAACUGGCUCGACAUCAGGAAACGGUUCUGGAUCAGACGGCACUAAUGGAUCUGGAUCUGGUGCUGGUACGGGCAACGGCGCCGACUCUGGUUCUGGUUCAACUUCGGGCAAUGGAUCUGGCGACGGCUCUGCUGAUGGUGCCGCAGGUGGCAAUGGCGCUAACAAUGGCGCUGGUUCUGGAGCAGACUCUGGCACAGGUUCAGGCGCGGAUUCUGGAGAUGGAUUGACAGGAUCCCCGUCAGGCAAUGGAUCAGGCACCGGAUCUGAUAGCGAUGAUGGUGCCGGGGAUGGCGCCGGCGCUGGAUCAGGUACUGGAUCCAACCCAGGCAACGGCGGAGAUGGAACUGGUGCCGACUCUGAAUCAGACCCAGUCACUGGCUCACCAUCUGGUAACGGCUCUGGCACUGGUGACGGAGGGGACGGUACUGACGCUGGAUCUGAUCCAAUCACUGGACCACCUUCUGGUAAUGGUUCUGGUUCUGACCCUGGAUCCGGUGACGGAGGGGAUGGUACCGGAGGCGAUGGGGAUGAUAGCGAUGGAGGCGUUGCCCCUGGCCUUGGAGGAAACGGUACCGGAGAUGAUGGCACUGAUGAUGGCGGCGCUGGAGGAGAUGGUGGUGAUGGCGACGAAGGUGUUGCUCCCGGUACCGGCGGAGACGGCACUGACGAUGGCGGCGCUGGGGGAGACCCUGCUAACCCUGGCGCAUCCGGAAGUCUCUCACAAGCACCACCAGCACCUAGCAUCACUGGAGGACCCCAAGGUGGUGGUGGUUCCCCAGGUCCCGAUGACAAUGAUGAUGAUGGUACUGACAAUGGUAACGGUAACGGUGAUGGCGGUGAUGGCGAUGGUGGUGAUGGCCCUGGCGACGGAGAUGGUGAUGACGACGACGGCGAGGUCAUUGUUCCAGCGCCAUCUGGUACAGGAGCCAACCCCGGACCCGCAGAGUCGGAUGGUGCAUCUCCAACUGACGGCGAUGGCUCUGGACCUGUGGAUCCCACUGACGAGCCAUCACCAAGUUCUGUCCUGACCGAGGGUUCAGCCAUUGUCAACCCAGACCCAACCUUAACUGAGCCACCGGUUGACCCAUCUAGUACAACUACCAGAAUAACUGGAGGACCGCAAGGGAACCCAACAGAUCAACCUGGAGAUGGCGACGGAGAUGGUUCACCAACUGGCACAGAUGGAGUUCCCCCCCCAGUCACUGACCCAGGCACUUCACCCACUGAUGGACCCCAGGACGCCUGCUCAGCAGACGAUGACUGUGCGGUCAACGCUGACCUCUGUAUUGUUGCUGGAGUCAAUAUUUGUGGCUGUGUGAAUUCUGUCUGCGUUGUGCUCGCGGAUCCCGGAGAUGGUGAUGGUUCUGCAUCUGUUUCCGACAUUCCUGCUUCUCAGACGCAGGAUGGAAGCGAUGCCGAGCCAACUGACGACGGAGGGGACGACGGAGAGGUUACGGCUUGCACUGAAGACUCAGAUUGCCUGGCUGAUGUUGGAUUGUGCGUUGAUGGUCUCUUGAACCUCUGCACCUGUGUCAAUGCUGUCUGUGUCUUGGCGGGCACCCCUGCCGAACCAUCAGACGCAGCCUCGCAGACUCAAGAUGGAGCCGGUGCCGAGCCCACUGAUGACGGUGAACUCACAGCCUGCGGCGAAGACUCGGAUUGUCUUGCAAAUGUCGGACUGUGUGUUGAUGGUCUCUUGAACCUUUGCACUUGUGUCAAUGCUGUCUGCGUCCUGGCAGGCACUCCUGCUCUGCCAUCUGAUGCAGCUUCCCAGACUGAAGAUGCAGGUGGAUCAGAACCCACAGACAAUGGAGAUGUUACGGCGUGCAGCACUGCUGACGACUGCGCGGCUAAUGUUGGACUUUGUCUUGACGGACUCUUGAACCUCUGCACAUGCGUCAACGCUGUCUGUGUUCUCGGAACUGAUUCUGAUGACACUGCCUCACCAUCUGAGACUGACGACUCCGACACUCCUGCACCUACUGAUGAUUCAGAUGCGACAUCUUGCAGUACUUCUGAUGACUGCGUGGCCAACGUCGAUCUCUGUGUUAGUGGCUUAUUGAACCUCUGCACAUGCGUCAACGCUGUCUGUGUUCUAGGAACUGAUUCUGAUGACACUGCCUCACCAUCUGAGACUGACGACUCAGAUACUCCCGCACCCACUGAUGAUUCUGAUGCUACAUCUUGCAAUACUGCCGAUGAUUGCGUGGCCAAUGUUGGGCUCUGUGUUAGUGGCUUAUUGAACCUCUGCACCUGUGUCAACGCGGUUUGUGUUCCCGCUAUUGACCGCGAGGACACUGCAGCGUCGCAAACAGAUGAUACCGACACUCCCGCGCCCACUGACGACGAAGAUACCACAUCCUGCAGCACUGCCGAUGAUUGUGUUGCCAAUGUCGGACUCUGUGUUAGUGGCCUAUUGAAUCUCUGCACUUGCGUUAAUGCUGUCUGUGUUCCAACCCUCGAUCCUGACGACGCUGCAGCGUCGCAAACACAGGACACCGACGCUCCUGCACCCACCGAUGACGAAGAUGCCACUUCUUGCAGUACUGCUGAUGACUGCACUGCAAAUGCUGGAUUGUGCCUUAAUGUAUUAGGGCUAAAUCUCUGCACUUGCGUUAAUGCUGUUUGUGUUCAGACUAUUGAUCCUGAUGACGCGGCAGCAUCACAAACACAAGACACAGACACCCCCGCGCCCUCUGGCGGACAAGGAGGUGUUACGGCCUGCAGCACUGCUGAUGACUGUACUGCGAAUGCUGGAUUGUGCCUUAAUGUAUUAGGGUUGAAUCUCUGCACUUGCGUUAAUGCUGUCUGUGUUCCAACCCUCGAUCCUGACGACGCUGCAGUGUCGCAAACACAGGACACAGACACCCCCGCACCCUCUGGCGGACAAGGAGGUGUCACAGCCUGCAGCACUGCUGAUGACUGUACUGCGAAUGCUGGAUUGUGCCUUAAUGUGCUAGGGCUGAAUCUCUGCACUUGUAUUAACGCCGUUUGCGUCCCUGCCCUUGGUGGUGAUGACACACCUGCAUCCCAGACCCAGGACUCGGACUCUCCUGCUGGCACCGAUACCGAUAACAAUGGAGCCACAUCCUGCAGGAAUGCUGGCGACUGCACUGCGAAUGCUGGAUUGUGCCUUAAUGCACUAGGCAUCAAUUUAUGCGCUUGCGUUAACGCUGUUUGUGUCCCUACCCUUGGUGGUGAUAACACACCUGCAUCCCAGACCCAAGACUCAGAUGCCCCCGCUGAGACUAAUACUGGCGGUACUGGAGGCCCGUCCUGCACCAAUGAUGGCGCAUGCGCUGCAAAUGUUGGAUUGUGCCUUAAUGCACUAGGCAUCAAUCUAUGCGCUUGCGUCAACGGUGUCUGUAUCAACAGCCUACUUAAUGUUGGGGUAGGCAGUGGCGCAAGGAGGGUGGGAAACCCCAGUACGGACACGCCUAGUACGGAAGCGCCUGAUGAGAAUGAUGAGGACAAUGAUGAAGAUGCUGCAGAUACGCCUUUGUCUUGCUCCAACAGCAAUGACUGCAUGGCAGAUACCUCACUUUGCUUGUCGAAUGGGCUCAACCUUUGCGUCUGCUUGAACGCAGUCUGUGUCCGAUCUGGCUCGGACUCGAGCGACGGUGGAUCGAGCGACGAUGAAUCUACCGAUGAGGGAUCCAGUGACGGUGGCUCUACCGACGAAGACGAUGAGCCCUCAGCAACCAGACCAAGCAACACGCAGCCAACGAGCAAUGCAGGCAAUUCAGGCGAUGGAGCAUCAGUUAAUGGAGAUGUCCAGUGCAGGACAGAUCGAGACUGCGUGGGCGCCCUCGGAGCCAGCGUAUUGGGAGUGGUCGCCUGCGUCAAUCUCGUCUGCCAAGAAACUACAGCAAGAGCAGCCAUCGGAGGUGCUGAAGAUGCUGGAGUCGCUGUGCCCUCGGUGGCUGCAGCUGUUUCUUCAGGUUCCACAAACAACGGCGAAUGCUCCACAGAUCGAGAAUGUGUUGCUCGGCUCGGUGCAGGCGUCCUGGGUUCAUUCGCAUGUGUCGACUUGGUCUGUCAGCGAGUCAACGUCAACAGCGGAUUCACCACCACGACGCGUGAAACUACUUCUGCCCCAACCAACGACCCAAGCGACACGGACGAAAACACCUCUGGGCGCUGUUCCAGGGAUUCAGACUGCACUGGUAGGGGCGAGACUUGCUCUUCGGGAGUCUGUCAAGUAUCGACAUCAGGCUCUGGCAGCGGAGGCUCUGGUACAAAUACUAGUGGUUCGGGCACUGGGAGCUCAGGUACAGGAAACUCAGGUAGUGGGAGCGGCACCGGGGGCUCGGGCUCUAGCACAGGAGGCUCAGGUACCGGCGGCUCUGACACGAGCACUGGAGGUUCUGGGUCGAGCUCUGACGCUGGCUCUGGCACUGGAGGCUCGAGUUCCGGAAGCUCAGGCAGUGGAAACGGCGGAGCAUGCCAGAGGGCUUCUGACUGCCUCGCAUCUGUCAAUCGGCUCUGUGUUGCUGGUCUCUGCCUCUGUGUGAACGGAGUCUGCAGUCCCAGUUGA